AUGAUCAUUCUUGAGCAAAACAAUCGAAUUAUCGUCGAGCUUCUCGAGCAAAAAUUCGCGAAUGCAAAAGAGGGCGGAAAACACGAUAAUGUGAAUGUGACGUUUGCAGAUUUUGAUGGAGUUUUGUAUAAAUUGUCGAAUCCCGAUGGAGAUCGUAAUAAGAUUAUUGUGAGUUUUUUGUUUUGAAAGAUUUCUACCGGAAAAUCUAUGUGAAUCCUGCGUUUUCUCUUCGCUGAAACAUUGAUAUUUUCAGCUGAGUAUUUCGCUCAAAUUUUACGCUGAACUUCAACAACACGGAGCCGAUGAUUUGCUUCGACGUGUUUAUGGCGCGAAUUUCAGACAAAAUCCCGAAAAUGGUUUCAAUGUGACAUUGGAAUAUGAUUUGAAUAAUUUGCCAGCUGAUACAUCUGACUUGGGUAUGUUGUUUUCCUAUUAUUCGGAAAAUUGAUAUAAUUUUGCAGUCACCAAAGCUUCGGCAUUGAAAAGAAACUGUUUUGCGUCAGUUUUCGAGAAAUAUUUCGAAUUUCAAGAAGCUGGACAAGAAGGACAUAAAAGAGCUGUUAUAAAUUAUCGAGAAGAUGAAACGAUGUAUAUUGAAGCGAAAGCUGAUCGAGUUACUGUUAUUUUCAGCACAGUUUUUAAAGAUGCUGAUGAUGUUAUUAUUGGAAAAGUAUUCUUGCAGGUAAUAUUUAAAUUAAGAAUCGGAGAAAAGGUCCAAGAAACUCCCUGAAGAAUUUUGAAAUAUUUUUGAAAUAUUAGAGCUCAAAAUUUAGAGCCUGAAAAUCGAAAUUUUGAAAAUCCUCAUGCGUUUUUCUCAUCUUUCCUCUUCAAGCUCACAAAAUAUGUUUCAAUUGAACAUUUUUCCAAAAUCUGAGCAUUUUUCUGAUCAAAAAUUCCUAAUUUACGAUGAAACAUCUCAAUUUUUCCAGCCAAAACUAAAUUUUGUUCCAGGAAUUCCGCGAAGGUCGAAAGGCUAGUCAAACAGCUCCAGCUGUUUUAUAUUCGCUUGGAGAGCCGCCAUUGGAAUUGAAGGAUUUGCCAGGUGCAAGAGUUGGCGAAAAUGUUGGAUAUAUUACUUUUGGUGAGGAUUUUGAGAGGAAUUUUAUUUACAAAAAAUAAUCAUGAUAUUUAUUUGCAGUUUUGUUCCCUCGUCACACAAAUAAAAAGACCAGAGAUAAUACAAUCGAUUUGAUUCAUUCAUUCCGCGAUUAUUUGCAUUAUCACAUCAAAUGUUCAAAGGUAAGGCAUUUUUCGGGAACUCAACAAAUUGAAAAAUUUUAAAAUUUUUUCAAAAAUGCUCUAUUUUUGAGCCUUUCAAAAUUCAAAUCAUGAAGUUUGCUCAUUUGCCACGUCAUGACUAUUUUUCCCCCUGUUUCUCAGAAAUUCGAUGAACAUUUCCCGAGGGUCAAAUAAUUUUAAUUUCCAAUAAAAGUUUGCUAAUCGGUUUUGACAUUAUCGAAAACUGUAAUCUUGAACAUCUCAUUAACCAAAAAAUGUCUAAUUUAGGUCAAAAAUAUUGAUUUUUCAGUGAAAUACAGAAUUGUUAACAAAAAAAUGUUUCAGUGAUAAAAUUGUUGCUGAAACUCAGAUUUCAAAAAAUUUAAAUUCAGGUCUAUUUGCACACUCGAAUGCGCGCCAAAACCACCGAUUUCCUCAAAGUUUUGAAUCGUGCAAAACCAGAAGUCAAAGGAGAAAAGAAGACUUUCAGCGGCAGAACUUUCCAAACUCAAUAA